AUGGGUUCUAUUUGGAUCGCAGACAUACCUCGCCCGGAGUUGACAGAUGAGAAGAUCGGGCCAUCUAUCACGAAUGUGGAGCAUUUGUCUUCUUAUAAUUGGAUUGAAUCUUCCAGCCCCACUAUUGCUGUCCCCGGCUGCCCGCCUCUUUGGUCUCCACCCCAAACCCCCAGAAGAGUGGCCAAAGACUCUGGGCUCAUUUAUAUUGCUCAAAAUGCGUUUCGCCAUCCUGAAAGUCCGCUCGAACCACUUUUUCGCUCGCUGUAUACUGAAAACCCUUCAUAUAACAUACACCAAGUUGACUUGGUAACUGAUCGAAACAACAUCCGCAAACUUCUGUCGUUCGUGAAUCCAAACGUCUCUAGAAAUGGACUGGAGCCUUUCACCAUUGAAAUUGAGGCCACAAGCAAUACAGUAAUUUUUUGUCGGGCAGAAACCGAAACACAUACAUUUAUCGGGCGACACGACUUCAGAGGCUACGGUCACGAGUUUGAGAAAGCUUUCACAACAAACCAAGUAUCUGGCAGUACUGGACAUCAUCGGAUUAUCUCCUAUAACUUGGGGGAUUUGAAAUUCAUAGUCCGCUACCAGACUGACGCUUACUUUGAAAAUGCUUCAAAACCUCAACCUCAAAGUGUGGGUUCGGAAAAUGACAAUUUUCUGAACAUGAUGGAAAAUCUGUCUCUUUCGCGACCCGAAACUAACUCUCAUCUUGCCACAGAGUCCAAAUUAGUGGUUGAGAAAAAAGGAAAACAGGUCCCAAUUAAUUCAACUCUUGAGAUCAAAACACGCGUGUCCCACAAUCCUCUCAACAUCCAAGACGUUCUUCCACAGCUAUGGGUAUCGCAAACACCUAAUCUUGUCCGUGCCUACCAUAAUGGUGGCACAUUUGGACUGCCGGAAGUUAAGGACGUCACUCGUGAGAUUGCUGAAUGGGAACGAAAUCAUGCUAAUGACCUUUGGAGAUUGGUUAUAUUGGUUAAGGAAAUCAUGAGAGUGGUGAGAGAGAAUGGUGGGAAUACUGUCGUAAAAUAUGACGGUCGAAGUAACAGCCUUGCGGUUUUCAAGAAAGAAGGGAGCAGGAUGUUACCCGAUGAUCUUUAUUUGAAACUCGGCGACGAAACGCGAUCGACUGAAGCGGUUGAAUCAAAAUCUCGCAAAACAACAAUCAAAAUUGGGGAUACUUUCCACAAUGUUGACAUCUCGACGAUACCAUAUUUAUCAGCCUUUGUCAGAUUUCAACAUCUUUCCCAGCCGCAAAAAACUGAUUUCAUUCACGGCGAUAUUGCCUUGUUUGACGUUGCUCUCAAGGGCUUGGAAUCAGGCUAUCGGCAAUAUCCUGCCAAGGUUUACAACGCCGUGCUAUUCGUUGUCUCGCAUCCAGGCACCUUCAAACAGGGCACUAGAGUUGCAGUGCGGUCGGUCUUUGAGGAGCGUUUUGUCGUGUCCAAGAAGCAACGAAGCCAAUUGGAUCGUUGGAAAAAGGGGAAUACUACCUACUCGUCAGACGACGAGAACACAACUGAGUCUGAAUUUGAUGAGCCAUAUCUUUCUGACGAUUCUUAG